AUGAAAGCAAACAACCUCGUCGUUGCGUUCUUCGCAGAAGAGCCACCAUGCUCAGCGCAAACCUGUCCCGAAAUGCGUGCUUCUGAGUGGCAGUACCUAUGUGCCGUCCACGACCCGCCUAAAUCAUGUUGUGCAAUUGAUUAUUGCUGUCAUACUCUCGACUGGGCAACAAAUGUUCUCACGUCACCCAAAUUCUUCCCAAGCCGACUCACUCUUGGUUCUGAUGCGACUGGAGGACCUCAAGCAAGUAUGAGGCAUCUGACGAAUGUCUUCCGGCGGGUGUACCGAAUAUUUGCCCAUGCCUGGUUUCAGCAUCGGGGAGUUUUUUGGCAGGUUGAAGGACAUGAUGGCCUUUAUGUCUUUUUUAAGACUGUUUGCGACGUCUAUAGCCUCAUUCCUGAUGACAACUACACAAUACCACCUGAAGCAGAGGGUGAUGCUUCUCACACCGAACCCUCGAAUAGUCAGAGUCAAGGUGUUAACAGAAGGCUGACUAUCCUGCGCAAGGAGGAUUCAGUAACAGCAACGCCUCCCAACAGCCUUGAAGAGCCUGGUACAGGCUUGUCUGCAGCAACUACAAGGCGACAUCGACAUUCUCCGUCAACAGGUGUGGGCGUUACAACGAUUGCCGAGGCGGCAGAAGAUGAUGACCUAAAUAAAAACACCCUAGAAGGGACCCAGCCACUCAAAGAACCUAAGGUAGGAAGAAACGAGAAGAUUGCAGAGGGCAUCGCCGAGGACAUCGCCGAGGAAAUCACCGAGGAACCGGAAUCAUUGACCCAAAACGAAGGGCAGAAUGUCUCACUCGAAGAACAAUCCACAGAAUCCAGUGACUCAAGUAACACGGGAAAGCCUGCUGCAGUAUUAGAAGAAUCCGCCUCAACUUUGCCUGCUCCAGCAGAAGAAGUGACAGAUUCUGAAAAGGAGCCAACCGAGGAAACACCUGGAUCCCCCGGACCAUCUGAACCCACUGUUUCAAGUAUGGACGAUGGACUGGAAGAGAACCAAACAGAAAUUCCUGCUCAACCGAUAGAGGAGAAAGGAGAAGAAGCCAGUGAAUCCCAGAUAACACAAGGUACCGAGAGCAAGCUAGACGAAGAGGACACUUCUGCCAAGCCUGAAGUGCCAAUUGAUUCUGAUACUCCAAGUACGGAGCAACCAGAGCCAGCUAAGGAAGCCAACACAACCGAGGAAUCUGAAGAGAAAGAUCCCCAAGAGCCAGAAUCCAAUGCACCACAAUCUUAG